AUGGAAGCCCUUCUCUCCCUUGCAUUUGACAAUCUCUCCUCCUACGACGGCGUCAAGGUCCGCAAGGGCCUGCGCCAAGUAGAAGGCCUCCUGGCGCAGAUCUGCCUUUCUGGCCCUCAGCCUCAGCGCAGUGCCCGCAGCCGCUCACGUAGUACUGGAUCGGACGGUAGUAAUGAGGAAGGAAAUGACGAGGGCGACGGCGCAACGGCCUCGAGAAAGGAUCUUGCAGAGCUCUCGCGAGACCCUGCUUUCCGCGAGUUCUUCAAACUCCAGGAAGGGUUCGAGUGGAACGUUGCCAUGCGCCUGAUUGGCACUUUGGAUCGUUUGAUGGCCAAGGGGGGAGACGGGCAGAAUGAUCUGCUCAUCCUGAGUGCUCUUGACUUGAUCCAGGGCGUGUUGCUUCUGCACCCCCCUAGCAAGUCUCUGUUCUCCCGCGAACAGAAUAUGAAUCUUCUUCUUGACCUCCUCGAGCCGUACAACUGCCCCGCGAUCCAGUCCGCGACCCUCCUCACCCUCGUCGUCGCCCUCAUCGACACCCCGAGCAACACCCGCACCUUCGAGUCCCUCGACGGCCUCCUCACCGUCACCUCCCUCUUCAAGUCGCGCUCCACCGCCCGCGAGGUCAAGCUCAAGCUCGUCGAGUUCCUCUACUUCUACCUCAUGCCCGAGAUGCCCUCGAUCCCGCGGGCCGACCAGCGCGAUUCUGUGCCCGCCAUGCUCCAGCGCAGCCCUAGUAAGCUCGCCGGCGCCUUCUCGGCCGCGGACCUCUCCCGCAAGCAGCCCGACGGCGACCACGAGUGGAUGCUCACCACCGAGGAGAAGCAGGAGCUCCUGAGCCGCCACCUCAGCAGCGUCGAGGACCUCGUCAGGGACCUGAGGGAGUGUGCGCCCUUUGGCGGCGUCAUCAGUUGA